AUGCACCUCCCCACAAUCACCGUAACUCUCGCCCUGCUUGGCCUGAGUGCUGCCACCCCAACCGACUACAGCACAUCGUCCACGUCCAAAAAUCAAGGCCUCGCUCAAGCUUGGACCUCCAAAGGUCGCCAAUACAUCGGUACAGCACUGACAAUUCGUGCCGACCCCGUCCAGUGCUGA